CACUUCAUUAAUCAGUGUGUUUUGAUAUGCGAUCGGACAUAUAGUGAAAUUGAUCGGCGUUGCGUGAAAUUGAAAACCAAAUACCGAUUCAACAAAUAAAAAAUAAACAAUCCCGUAAAAAAAUAAAUAAUUUCUAAAUGCAUAUAAAAGUGUUUAAUAUAAAUUGCAAAAUUAAUUAAGUGCCCUGAACACUAAAACUCACAAAUAUACUUUAAGUACUGCAAACAGUAGAGUCCUCGACGAAGAAAUGACGGAUCACAAGCAAAAAAACAUACUCGAUACACCCGAAGGCAUUGGCAUGUCUAUGGAACAACUCGCCUUCGACACGGAAGGAAGUUGCUCACCACCACCUGCGUACAUGCCGACCACCAUCCCAAACGAGAAGGAACAUGUAGAUGAACCUUCCGCCGAAGAUCCACUUAAACCGGAUUCCAAGCCCAAAGUGCGGCGUCGGCGCAUUAUGUCUAUGGAAUUGCCGGUGUUUCUGAUAUUUCUCGCGCUUAUGUUAACGGGUCCUGUUAUGCUGAAUCAAGAACUUUAUCAAACUUGUGUCGCCGUCUAUCACUACAACGAGACCGACUGCGAGCCACUGCGCGGUAUUAUACCAAAAACUGAGGAGGCAAAGGCAAUCGAAAAUCAUCUGCAACCAUAUGUUGCGCGUAUAACAAUGGUAAACUCUAUGAUACAUAAUGUAUGGCCUGGUAUACUCGUGCUUUUUGUGGGACCAUGGUCGGAUAAAUUUGGACGACGUCCAGUGCUGUUGGUAAGCUUUACGGCCUUCGUCAUUGGUUACAUUAUAACUACAACACUAGUAUACUUUUCCAAAGCUUUGUCUUUGAACCCAUGGUUCUACUUAUUAGGCGGCAUACCAGCCACAAUUGUUGGUGGUGGUUGUGCUAUGACAACUGUGGUCUUCUGCUAUGUAUCUGAUGUCUCCGAUGUGGAGAAUAAACCAAAGCGUAUGUUCUUUGUGGAUAUGGCUAUGGGGCUGGGUGUUGUGCUCGGCAAUGUCUUGAGCAGCUAUCUGCUACGUUAUACUAGUGUCACUAUAGUGUGUGCCACAUCUACAAUGCUUGUACUGCUCGGUUGGAUGUAUAUUUUCUUUUUCAUCGAAGAAAGUUUGGAUGUAAAAGAAACCACAUUAGCGCAUAAAGCUAAGAGCUUCUUCGAUUUCGGUCUGAUAAAAGAUCUCGUGAAGACUUGUGUGGCAAAGCGUCCAAAUUAUGGCAGAGCCAUCAUUGGUUGUACCGUUUCCAUAUUAAUGGUGACCAGCUUUGUUUUACACGGUGAACAUGGUGUCUUCUACCUGUUUUUACGCAAUAAAUUCAAUGUCACAUUACAACAGUUUACCUACUAUAAUGCCACUAUAAUAACCAUAAAGAUGAUAGGCUGUGGCUUAGCCUUUGCGGUAUUUAGAAAGCUCUUCAAACUACCAUUUGCCGUUAUCGCUAUGAUGGGUUUAGCUGGUUGUAUAUUAGAUCAUUUUGGACGUGCUUUAGCGCAAAGUUUCUGGCAAAUGUAUAUGGCUUCCUCGUUCGGACUUAUGUCGGGAAUAACGGGUCCGAUGUUGCAAGCCAUUGUCUCAUUGGCGGUGCCUUCAAAUGAACUCGGUAAAGUCUACUCACUGGUCUCCUGUGCGCAGACAAUGUCACCUUUGGUGUCUGCACCUUUGUAUACCUAUGUCUACAACAAGACACUGCAUUUUUAUCCCGGAUUAUUUAAUUUCAUUAGCGCUGGAUUGUAUGUGGAGUGCUUCUGUGUUAUGAUUGUAAUAAAUAUUUUCGAACGACGAGUUGCUAAACGAGCAAAGGAAUCUGAGGUCGAAAAUGGAAAAAAUGAAAAAUCGCCAACUGAAAACGAUCCAACAGCGUAGGCAUAGGGCUAAAAUUGUAGAAACUCAUUUUAUUUGUUAAGGACAAAUUUAUAAUUUGAUCACUUAAUUAUUUAAGUGGUAGAUAAGUAUAUUUUUAUUUGUAAAUAUAAAUUAAAAUGCAAAUUAUGAAUAAUUAAAAAUAUGUAUAUAAUCAUACUA